ACCUGAGCGCGGGAUUUGCAGCUGCUCUCUGUUCAGUCUCAUGUUAUUGUGGCUGGUAAACUGAUGGACGGUUUGUGCACAGAUGCAGGAAGUGAAGCUGCAGCAGAAUGAAUAUUGGUUCUAAAAGUAAGAAGCGGGUGGUUCUGCCCAGCCGUCCUGAGCCCCCGACCGUAGACCAGAUCCUGGAGGACCUCACCAAAGCUGCUCCCAACGAUCCGGUCUUCAGCAUCCUGGAGAAGACUGGACAAGGCUCGUCCCGGCCUUCAGAGAGCGACGUGGACUUGAAGUUCCAGCAAUGCCGUCAGUACCUGGAGCUGAACAAUCGGCUGCAGGAGGUUGGAGAUCGGCUGCUGAAACAGAGGAAGGAGCUGCGAGCGGCGGGGGAACAGCUAGAGAGAGACGUGGCAGAGGUCAAAGGUCAAACACUCUGAAACUGUCCUCUCCUUCUCUGCUCGGGACGUUUUCAGUGCAGACGGCCCGGUGGCCCAGCUGCCAAUGAUGGACCUUGGUGGUGGUUCAGGAGCCCCAGUGUUGGCUGACCUCUGACCCCACGAUUUAAACAUGUGCGUUGUGCUGAUGAUGGCUGCUUCCCAUUGGUUCGCCAGCUAAACCUUUAACGUGCAACAGCAGCAGCAGGACAUGUUUGUAUCAGCGGUAACUUAAUAAGGCUGAUUCAGUCAUUACUUAUCAAUUAAUCAAUUUACUUUGUCAAAUCAAUUAACUUA